AUGAAGUUCAUCUCUUGUCUCAGCCUUCUCCCUGCGGUGCUCGCCGUCAGCUCGGCUCCCAGCGGGUGCAUCAAGGUGGCCAAGUCUGGAGGCGAUUACUCUACCAUCCAGGCUGCAGUUAACUCUCUGUCUACAUCGUCAACGGCCGCCCAGUGCAUCUUCAUCUCUGCAGGCACAUAUAAAGAGCAGGUCAUCAUUGCUGCCCGUAACGCCCAGCUCACCAUCUACGGGUCCACCAAGGAUGGAUCCUCAUACGCCUCCAACACCGUCACAAUCUCCAGCGGACUCUCCCAGGCGGAUGGUCUUAACGACGAGGGGACUGCUACAUUGCGGAACCGGGCCAGUGGCUUCCGCUUGUACAACGUCAAUGUCGAGAACACGUACGGCUCGGGUAGCCAGGCCGUGGCUCUGAGCUCAUACGCCGACAGCGGGUUCUACGGUUCAUCCUUUACUGGAUUCCAGGACACAGUUCUGAGCAACGCCGGCAAGCAGGUCUUCGUCGACUGCAUGAUUGAAGGAGCCACGGACUUCAUUUUUGGCCAGUCUGCUUUCAGCUGGUUUGAGCGAGUCGAUCUCCGCGUUCUCAGCGCCAAACUCGGCUACGUCACAGCCGACGGACCCACGAGUUCCAAGGCUUCUUACUACGUCUUCAACAACUGUGACAUCGCAGCUGCUAGCGGCCAAUCAGUCCCCACCGGUGCCUACUAUCUCGGCCGACCCUGGGGUCAGUAUGCCCAGGUUGUCUUCCAGAAGACCUCCAUGUCCUCUGUCAUCAACUCUGCAGGCUGGUCCGUCUGGAGCACCUCCGACCCGCGCACUAGCUCUGUUCUCUUUGGAGAGUAUAAGAACACCGGCGCUGGUGCCAGUGGCACUCGCGCAUCUUUCGCCAAGACUUUGGGCAGCGCCGUCGCGAUUAAAGAUAUCCUCGGCAGCAGCUACGCCAGCGCGCCGUACUUUGACUCCAACUACUUCAACGGAGCUUGUAAGUACUCAUUUCUCUGA